UUUCUUGAGGCACCCAUGCCACUGGGGUGACUUUCGUCACACGUCGCCGUCGCAGUCCUUCGGUCGGCGGUUCCCACGUGUUGCGGAGCGAGGCCAGGCGGCCCCUGCUCGAGGCCCGCGUCGCCAUGGCCGCGGUUCCCGAGUCCCUGCCGCCGCUGGAAGAGGACCGCGGCAAGCUAAGAUCUGUGUCUGUGGACCUGAACGUUGACCCUUCACUGCAAAUUGACAUACCCGAUGCACUGAGUGAGAGGGACAAGGUCAAGUUCACGGUGCACACCAAGACUACACUACCUGCAUUUCAGAGUCCAGAGUUUUCUGUUACAAGGCAACAUGAGGACUUCGUGUGGCUACAUGACACUCUCAUUGAAACAACAGACUACGCAGGGCUUAUUAUUCCUCCAGCUCCUACGAAGCCGGACUUUGAUGGCCCUCGUGAGAAGAUGCAGAAGCUGGGAGAGGGAGAAGGGUCCAUGACCAAGGAGGAAUUUGCCAAGAUGAAGCAGGAGCUGGAGGCGGAGUAUCUCGCUGUCUUUAAGAAGACUGUGUCCUCCCAUGAAGUCUUUCUUCAGCGGCUCUCUUCUCACCCCAUUCUCAGUAAAGACCGCAACUUCCAUGUUUUCCUGGAAUAUGAUCAGGAUCUAAGUGUCAGGCGGAAGAACACCAAAGAGGUGUUUGGUGGGUUUUUCAAGAGUGUGGUGAAGAGUGCUGAUGAAGUUCUCUUUUCUGGGGUUAAGGAGGUGGAUGACUUCUUUGAGCAGGAGAAGAACUUCCUGGUUAACUACUACAACAGGAUCAAGGACUCCUGUGGCAAAGCUGACAGGAUGACCCGGGCGCAUAAAAGUGUUGCUGAUGACUACAUCCACACAGCAGCUUGCCUGCACAGCCUGGCCUUGGAGGAGCCCACCAUCAUCAAGAAGUACCUAUUGAAGGUUGCUGAGCUAUUUGAAAAACUUCGGAAAGUGGAGGGCCGUGUCUCCUCAGACGAAGACUUAAAGCUGACAGAGCUGCUCCGCUACUACAUGCUCAACAUCGAGGCUGCCAAGGACCUUCUGUACAGACGCACCAAAGCCCUCAUUGACUAUGAGAAUUCCAACAAAGCUCUGGACAAGGCCCGACUGAAGAGCCGGGACGUGAAGGUGGCCGAGGCACACCAGCAGCAGUGCUGUCAGAAGUUCGAGCAGCUCUCGGAGUCAGCAAAGGAAGAACUGAUGAACUUCAAACGGAAGAGAGUGGCAGCAUUUAGGAAGAAUCUGAUAGAGAUGUCAGAGCUGGAAAUCAAGCAUGCCAGAAACAAUGUCUCCCUCCUGCAGAGCUGCAUUGACUUGUUCAAGAGCAACUGACUAUGACUAUCAGUCUGCUUGCCUCAGAGGAAGACUUGUGAGAAGCCAGCGCCACUUGCACUUCGUCGUCCUUGCUGUAGAUGAUUAGCUUUGACUUUAGCUUACAAUUAUGUGAAUAAAUAUUUUGAUUUCUAAAAAUCUUAA